CAAUUGAAAGGUCCACAAGAAAACCAUCGUCUUCGUCUUCAGCACAAAGUGUAUCUCCACUACUGUGAAACCUGUGUUGCAAAGACCUCAACAGCGGUUACCAUGUCAAGCUCUUCUUCUUUAUUUGGUUCCGGAAUUAUCCUGGUACCCAACUUUUCUACGAAGACGAUACCAGUUGGUGGAAACUGUAAUGUUGGGUUGGUGAUUGAGAACUCGUCAAGGCCAAAGAAGAAGGCGACGGCACAUCACAUGAAGACCAGGCCACGCAAGACUCAGGCAUGGGAUAUCAAGCGCAAACCAACUGUUUAUGCUCCGUUGCCUCCGCUUCCUCCCGAUUGGACUCUUGUUUCUGAUUCUGGGGCUGAGGCUGCUGUGCCAUCUCUUUCUGAUUUGCAGGCACCACUUGGAAGUGAGUAGUUUCUUGGUUGUUAUUAUUUCUUAUUUGUGCUUAUCUUUGAGACUUUGUGGUUCAUCUUCUCGCUUUAUGUCAUGAUAUUCUGUUCCUCUUUUCUUGAUUGAAAAUGAAAUGCGAUUAGACUAAGUU